AUGGCAACUCCAGCUCCUGCUCACCCGGGUCCAGAGCACUUGGUUACCGUCAAGGUUCUCUACAAUGAGAGCAAUCGACGCUUCAAGCUUCCUCUGAAGGACCUCAAGGCCCAUGUCUUCCCCCGAAUGCUCAGAGCCCUUCUCGGCGUUCCGGCGGAUGUUAACGUCAUCCUCGAACGCUAUUCCGACAGCGCCGGCUCUUACGUUCGCUUGGACUGUGACAACAUCGUGGUUUACAAACAGCUUUACCGAGCGGCCAAGGCUAAGUCCAAGCUUCGUAUCAAGGUUUCCUCACUCGACACAUCACCGGCACCCGUACCUUCAGAGCCCACGCUGGAGUUCAAUCAGCCUCGUCACAGUUACCUCGAGACCGUCUUGAGCCCUGCUGCCCCUCAAACUAUUCCUAUUUUCCCUGCUGUCGACCCGGUACAGACUCGUCACGAGACACAGCAACCCAUCGGUCAACCUCGCCUCCGCAACUUCGAGAUGGAGUCCGAAAAGCAUCAAUUCCCUAUCAUCUCUCACAACUCGCCCAACGGCAUGUUCUGCAUUGAUUGCAAUAAAUGUGGCCGCUCCAUCGCGAAUGGCCAUUAUCACUGCAGCAUUUGUGAGAAUGGGGACUACGACUUGUGCCCCCAGUGUGUCACCGCAGGUGCGACUUGCGGCGGUGAUGGUCACUGGCUGAUCAAGAGGAUCGUCAAGGACGGUGCUGUCACUAACAGCACCACUGAGAUCAUUCCUCCCCGUGAUCAAUCAACCGAGGCUCCCGUCCAGGUCAAGCGUGAAGUGAUCACCAAGCCGGUGAUUCACGUCCCUGAGUCAGUUCAAGAGUCAAUCCCCAAGCCAGCCAUCUCAUCGCCCUGCUUGGAUGCCGCCGUUCAAGGCGAAGACAAGCCAAUUUGCAACGGAUGCUGUCGUGAAGCAGACGAGAGCAACCUCGUACGCUGCAACGAUUGCGAAGACUACGACCUUUGCCUUCGCUGCCUUCUCCGGGACAAACAUGGCCACCACCCCGGUCACACUUUCCAUCUCGGAUCCGACCGCAAUUUCUGCCUGAAGAACCUCAUCACAUCUCGCUGUCUUCCUGGCCGCCAAUUCCGCCAUGCUGCUGUCUGCGACGGCUGUGACAAGGUAUGUUCCAACCCACUUCCGGACAACCCCAAUACUGAUUUUAUCCAGCGCAUUGUUGGCGUCCGUCAUAAAUGCCUGGCCUGUCCUGACUGGGACUUCUGCCCUGAGUGCAUUUUGACAGCCUCUGAGCACCACCCUGGCCAUCGCUUUGUUCAAAUCUACGAUGCUAUCGGCGAAGCUGCUCGUGAGCACGAAAUUCACUAUGGCAUUUUCUGUGAUGGUCCGCUCUGCAAGAUCAAGCCUGCGCAGAGCUACAUCACUGGAGUUCGCUACAAGUGUGCUGUGUGUGAUGACACCGAUUUCUGUGCCAGCUGUGAAGCCCUUCCUACGGAUCACCACAAUCACACCCACCCGCUGGUAAAGUUCAAGACCCCGGUUCGUAGCGUGACUGUGAGCACCAUGGGAGAUGACGGCUCCAACCGCGCAGUUUCUUUGGGCGACCAACUCCCUCCCCCUCCGAGCUGCUUCCAGUCUGCCACCCCGGCGAAGGAAAUCAUUGAGGAGAAGACUCCUGUUGUGAAGCAGGAGCCGGUCGAGAUUGAGGAUAACAAGCCCGUGGUUAAGGUUGAGCCGCAGCCACCCGUGGUCCAGAGCAUCGAGACCGAAGCUCUUGACCAGGCCGACUUCAAAGCCUUCUUCCUUCGUGACACCAUCACUGACGGUACUAAGAUGGCACCCGACACCAUGUUCCGCCAGACUUGGACUCUUUACAACCCUGGGCCUACAGCAUGGCCUACUGGAUGCGACGUGCGCUUUGUUGGUGGAGACACCAUGUUCAACGUCGAUUCUACCCAUCCAUCUAGUGUUGAGUCCAUUCGCUCGGCGAUGGAGAGCAACAAGCUGCCCGCCCCCGUGGAAGCGGGUGGCAGUGCGGACUUCUCUGUCAACCUACGCACCCCCAGCCGUGAGGGUAGCGCGAUUUCCUACUGGCGCCUGAAACUCCCCAACGGCAUGGCCAUUGGCCACCGUCUUUGGUGUGACGUUGAGGUGCAGGCCGCUUUGGAAGCUGAAGCCGUUGUUGAGCCUGAACUAACCGGUAGUGCUAUGAUCUUCCCCAAGCUGGAGAAGGAAUCUCCAACUUCGAGCACUUUGCAGUUUGAGGCCCCCGCUCCCCAGGCACCCACAUUUUCCAACUCUUCGGAGUGUGAUGUCCUGGAUGGAGUCGAAAGCCUCAGUCUUGACGACGCCGACACCGACACCGGCUUUUUGACCGACGAAGAGUAUGAUGUUCUGGAUGCCAGCGACCAGGAAUUUCUGGAUGCCAGACAAUCCGCGAACUAA